UCAGUUGCUGGUCGUGCCUCAGACGGAGCGGUCUGAACGAUCGUAUUUGAACAACCGCGUUGUCCGCAAACGUGGCCAGAGAUAACAGAGGAGAAAAAAUUAAAAAAAAAAACCUAUAUCUUUUGCCGGAAGAUUACUAUAAAUUAACUAUAACAAGUGCAAACGUGUGAGAAAAAAUCGUAAAAGAAGGGAAACAGAGAAAAAAAAACGGAUAGAUUAACCAAAAUGCAGACGUGUAGAAGAAGAAAAGCCCGAGGCGACCCAGCCACGAUCUCUUGGAGGAGAAUGUGUUUGGCCACUCUCUGUGGAUUGCUGCUGCUUGGCAUUCAAAUCGAGCAUGCGGCGUCUGCGCCUGCAGGCGAGGAUGCAGCAGAAACAACAAUGCCAGCGUUGGAUACAACAACAGACUCCCCAGUCGCAGCAUCGCCAGUUACAACAACAAUUGCCUCAGAACAAAGCACCAACAUCAGCAACAACAACAGCAGCAGCUCCACCACCACCACCACCGAGGCAGCGGAUAGUUCAACGACUUCCACGACAACAACCACUGAAGCUACCAACAAAUCGAAUGCGGCCGAAGCUGAGAUAACAACCAUCUUGCCAGCUUCAAGCAGCAUUCCCGAGGAGUCCAGUGUACGGUCGACGAGCAUUGAACCGAUUACCUCCACGGAGCCCACUACAACUCCCCGCCAGGAGACCUCUGUGCCUGAGCAGCCACUGAUCUUCUCCCACACGGAGCCGGAUCAGAGUCACAUCCAGCACAUUCCACUGAGGGAUGAGCACGCCGAGAAUAGCGGCAGCGAUGACAGCACCACGGAAAUGCUGAAGGAUCAGCAGCUGAAGCAGGAUCGGGAGGAUCAGCAGAACGAACUGAAUCAGAUUUCUAAUGAACAGGACGAUGUGGUCAAGGAUCUGAAUAAUUUCCGGCAUCCGGCCACUCUCAUAACGGCCAGCAAUAGCAACAGCGAGGAGAACAGCGAAAGCGAAAGUGACAAACAAGUUGAGACAACAACAGCCACUGCAGCAACAUCUACAGGUACUCCGGCAACUUCUACAGAAACACCAGCAACAUCGAGCAGUACAACAACAGCAACAAGCACAACAACAGAGCAGAAUGAACGAGAAGAAGAUCCCUAUCAUGUGCAUAUACUGUCCGAGAAUCAUGAUCGCCUGGCCGAACACGAAGAUUAUCAAAUGCUCUCGACCAGCACCGAGGAAUCGAGCUCGACAACAACGACCACAGAGUCCGGUAUUGUUGUCAGCCAGGAGAACAAGGCAACGGCCGAGCCUUCGACUGCAACAGAGUCAACAACGACAACGACAACAACUUCCACAACAACGUCUGGUGCGGCAACAACAUCUCGAGCACGCGCCAUGCAUAUGAAUGAGCCAGAAAAUGAAAAUGAAAUGGCAACCACUAUAAUGCCGGACAGCGAAUCGGGCCCAGUGAUUAACAUCGUUGAAGGACAGCACUGGCAGCAGGAGACCGAGUCCACCAGCUCCACCACUGAGGCUGGCACAACCACAAGUAGCAGCACCGACAGCAGCACCACCACUACCACGACCACAACCACUGAACCAUCGCCAUUUGUGGCUUUUGCGGGAGAGGGAAGGUCUGCGGGUGGCAAUGACGAUGUUGAGCUCUUCCUGCAUCACAAUUCCAACGCUACUCAUGAGCAGAUCAUGGAUCUCAGUGAUGUUAACAUGGAAGAGGAUCAGAAUGAGAGUAGCAGCAGCUCCACCACCACAACUACGACGACAUCAUCCACUACGACAACUGCACAACCGGAAACGGAAAUGCCCAAAAUCGUAGAGAUCACUGCCAGCGGGGAUACCAUGCAACGCGAGUGUCUGGCCAAUAACAAGAGCUACAAGCACGGUGAGAUGAUGGAUCGUGAGUGUGACGAGAAGUGCACUUGCAACCGUGGAGACUGGAUGUGCGAGCCGCGCUGCAAGGGAUUGAGUUAUCCGCGUGGCAGCCAGCGCAGCAUGGCGAAUCCCAAUUGCCGGGAGCGCGAGGUGGAGGAGGACUCAUGCUGUCGAGUGAUGGAAUGCAACGAUCCUCUGCUAGAGCCCACGGUGGUAACAUCGGAGGGUGCCGCACCAUCGAUUGUGGGAAAACAGGAAGAGGUUCCAGCUACCACGACACCAUCCAACGAAGACGAAGCCACGCCCAAGACGCGCACCGAUUGCCACUACAAGGGAGGAGUAUACAAGUUCCGGGAGCGUCUGGAGAUCGGCUGCGAACAGAUCUGCCACUGUGAUGAUGGUGGCAUCAUGGACUGCCGACCCAGGUGCCCGGAGAGGAAUCAUACGCGUGCGGACAAGUGUGUCUAUGUAAAGGAUCCCAAGGAUGUGUGCUGCCAGUUGGAGUUGUGCGAUGUCACCUUAGAUGAUCACGAACAGCAGCAGCCGGCGCUGCAGAGCAACAACAGCGAAGACCCAGAGGAGCAGCUGCAUCCAGAGAACAUCUAUGGAUUCCAAGAGCAGGCUCGAGAUGCGGGUGGUGCUGCCCAGACUUGCACCUUCAAGGGAUCAGAAUACGAGGUGGGCCAGCAGUUCCGCGAUGGCUGCGAUCAGUUGUGCCUCUGCAACGAGCAGGGCAUCCAUUGUGCCAAGCUCGAGUGCCCCUCGAACUUUGGUCUGGAUGUCCAGGAUCCGCACUGCAUUCGCUGGGAGCCUGUGCCGGCGGAUUUCAAGCCCAGUCCGCCAAACUGCUGUCCGGAGAGCAUGCGGUGUGUGGACAACGGCACCUGCACCUACCAGGGCGUGCAGAUCGACAACUGGUCGCCGAUUCCCGCCAACCUGACAGGCUGCGAUCAACACUGCUACUGCGAAAAUGGUCGCGUGGAGUGCAGGGCGGCUUGUCCCCCGGUUCCGGCUCUGCCUCCAGCGGAUCUGCCCUGCCAUCCGGCCUUGGCCCGCCUGCUGCCCAUUCCCGAUGAUGAGUGCUGCAAGCACUGGACCUGUGCCCCACAAACCCCGAAGACCGGCGGAGAAGAAAAGGAGGAGGAGGAGCCGGCAUCCCAGCUCCCUGAAAAUGAAACAGCAACAACAACGACAGCGACAACAGUAGCGACAAGUACAACUAACAAGGUCCCGCCAAUGAAAAAGGACGAAGACAAGAAGUCCUCAAGUGGAGCAUUCUAUCCCACUCUCGAUGGGAAGCCCCCGAAGUCCCUAGGUGGCCUCGGCAUCUUUGAGAAGCCGGAGAAGCCCGAAAAGGGUCACAAGAAGGUGCAACAUCAGCAACAACACCAGCAACAUCAACAGCAACAUCAUCAGCAGGAGCAGCAGCAACAUCAAAACGAUGUGAUAUUCGAUGGAGAUCGUCCGGAGGAGCAAGAAGGACCUCUGCCACCCAAUGGCGGGUUUGUUCCAUUUCCAUUCAGCCACCAACAUCCCCAUCAGCAGCACCUUGGACCCUAUGGUUUUUACAAUCCUGUCAAGCCUGUCUACGAGGACUACAAUCCCUAUGAGCCCUAUGACAUUAAUCCCAAUGGAACCCCUCAGGGAAAACCGCCACCAGUGCCCACUAGUCAGUCGGAUUUGUUUAAUAUUUUGGGCGCCGAUCAGCCAGGACAUCCUGGUCAGCAAGGUCACCCCGGGCAUCCGGGACAUCCUGGUCACCAAGGACAAUCGCAAAAGGAUAACCACAAUUUACCCUCGCAAGUGAGAAUCGAGCAGAUAUUGCAACACCUGCAGCAAAGUGUUCCAGGAGGACCUCCCCACCAGCAGCAACAACAGCCGCAGCAAACUCUGGCACCACAGCCUCAACAUCCAGGACAUUAUGUGCCCAUUGUGCACAGUGGAGUCCCGCCACCACCGCCAGCUCAUGGUAUUGCCAUUGUGGAUGGCCAGCCGGUGGCUUAUGAGAGUUAUCCAGUGAUACCUGGACUGGGAGUACCACCAUCCACGCUGCACCACCAGCAGCAGCAUGCGGCUACCACGCAACAGCACCAGCAGCAAGCGAUCCUGCCCAGCUCGAGCACCACGUCCGGCUUAUCCACUCAGGCCAGUGAGCACAGCUUGCACCAGAAUCAGGACAAACUGGCCAAGCAGCCACCGCCUCCACCGCCGCAGUCAGGUGUUAGUAGCCUGCAGCCUGACAUUGAAGUCCACACCCUGGAGGCCAUCGAUCCCAAGACCAUUCGUAUCGUUUUCACAGUGCCUCAGGUUUACGUGAACCUUCAUGGACGAGUGGAACUGCGUUACACGAACGGUCCCAGCAACGACACUUCCACCUGGGAGCAGCAGAUCUUUGCCCCUCCCGAGGACCUCAUUGCCACCUCCCAAAUGGAAUUUGAUCUGCCCCAAUUGGAGCCCAACUCCCUGUACAAGGUGAAAAUCACUCUCAUCCUCCGCGAUCUGAACUCCCAGCCCACGAGUAGUGUUUACACCGUGAAAACGCCACCAGAGCGAACUAUUACUCCGCCUCCACCGUUUACGGACUACAGGCCCGACUUCCAGGACAUUUUCAAGAACGUGGAGGAUCCGGAGCUGACGGUGAGCGAAACAAACGCCAGCUGGCUACAGCUUACCUGGAAGAAACUGCCCGACGAACAGAUGGAGUACGUGGAUGGCGUCCAGUUACGGUACAAGGAACUGACCGGCAUGAUCUACUCAUCUUCUCCGCUGAUUCACCGCACUCUGACCAGCUACACCAUCCAGAAUCUGCAACCGGAUACGGGUUACGAGAUCGGACUCUACUACAUCCCACUGGCGGGUCACGGCGCAGAGCUGCGAGCCGGGCACAUGAUCAAGGUGCGAACGGCCCCGAAGGUCGAUGUCUACGGCUUUGAUGUGACCGUGAAUGUCACUAAGGUCAAGACCCAGAGCGUGGAGAUCUCUUGGAACGGAGUUCCCUAUCCAGAGGAUAAGUUUGUGCACAUCUAUCGGGCCAUUUACCAGAGCGAUGCUGGCAAGGAGGACUCCAGUGUCUUCAAGGUGGCCAAGCGAGACAGCACCACGGGCACUCUGAUCAUGGACCUGAAGCCGGGCACCAAGUACCGACUCUGGCUGGAGAUGUAUCUCACCAAUGGAAACACCAAGAAGAGCAAUGUGGUGAACUUCAUCACCAAGCCAGGUGGUCCAUCUACUCCCGGAAAGACUGGAAAACUCCUAACCGCGGGCACCGACCAACCCGUCGGCGAUUACUACGGUCCCUUGGUGGUGGUUUCGGUGAUCGCCGCCCUGGCCAUCAUGUCCACACUGGCCUUACUCCUGAUCAUCACCAGAAGGCGAGUGCACCAAACUGCCUCCAUCACUCCUCCCCGCAAAAGCGAUGCUGCCUACGAUAAUCCCUCUUACAAGGUGGAGAUCCAACAGGAGACUAUGAAUCUGUAACUGAAUCGCAAUGCCCUCCAAAAACCACUAGUUUAAAAAACAGAUUCUUGUAAAUAUUUAAUGGAAAAAGAAAAACUCAGUGUCAGUAAAAAAGCGAGUUCAUAAGUAACAAUCCGGAAUCGAACAGAUUAAAUCUAAUGGAGGAGUAUAUAAUUUUCAUAAAUCGGCGCAAGAUCAGAAAAUUUGUUAAAAUCGCAAUAGCCGCCAUGUUGUAUGUAGUGGUUAAGUAAUCUAAAGAUAAAAAACAAACACACAUUUUUUGUUAAACAAUUUGUGACUUGUGUAAAUAGAGAGAGAGUGAGACACCCUAAUGAUGAUGAACUAAUUGAGAAGAGCUCCAAAAACUAAAAAUUUCUAGCGAUUUCGAAAUGCCCGAAAUACGAGUUUAGUUAGUUUAACUUGUAAAUUUUAGCUUUACACUUAUCGUAAUUAAAAGGCGCAUCCUGCAACGCGAACAAGAUCAGCGACGACCACGGGAAUAUUGGGUUCAAUGAUGCGUUCUCCGAUUAACAGUCCAUAAAUAUUUAAAUUAGCUUUUAAACAACCUACAGAGAUAUGCAUAUGUAUGUAUGGAUAAAUAAAGAUAAAAUAAUAAACAAUUAAAUAAUCAA